AUUCUGCAGGUCCAGUUAAAGAAGGAAAAUGGUCAAACCGUAAUGGUCCCACUAUUCCAAAGUCAAGAAAACAUUGCUGGCAAGGAUUGUAUAUAUCCAAUUCAAGGGAAGAAGGUCGAACAUAACGGUGUCAAAGUUGAGCUCCUUGGUCAGAUAGAAAUGUACCUUGACAGAGGCAACUUUUAUGAUUUUACUUCCCUUGUUCGUGAACUGGAUGUUCCUGGGGAAAUAUAUGAAAGAAAAACGUAUCCCUUUGAAUUUUCUACUGUUGAAAUGCCAUAUGAGACAUACAAUGGGGUGAAUGUGAGGCUUAGGUAUGUCCUGAAAGUCACAAUAAGUCGUGGUUAUGCUGGUAGCAUAGUGGGAUACAAGGAUUUUGUGGUUCGCAACUACUCCGCACCUCCAUCAAUUAACAAUAGUAACAAGAUGGAAAUUGGAAUUGAAGACUGCCUACGUAUUGAAUUUGAGUACAACAAAAGCAAAUAUUAUCUUGUAGAUUUUAUGAUAUGGGAAAAAUUAUAUAUUAUAGAUGGAUUUAUGCUGGUGAUAUUAAAGAAA